AUGUGCUUCCCGAAAUCCUUACACCUGGUGAUGCCAAAGUGGAAGCAGACUGGAACCUUUUUGAAGAAAAAGUUCGCAAUAGCUGGUACAGGGACUACAGCAGGCGUGAACUGCAAAACCUUGGCGCCGCUCCACAAGGGGGAAGAACAUCUGCUGAAGAUGCUGCAAGGAAGAAGUCAUCAGAGGAGGAUGCACCAAAGAAGAAAUCCGCCGAGGAUCAUCAUAAAAAGAAGCCAUCAACCGGUGUAG